GGUAGCGAUUAUACAUAUGUGAGUGUAUGUGUUUUCUCCUCCCUCUCUAUCUCACUCAAUAUCUUACUCCUCUCUCACUCACACUACUUCCGUCAGAAGGUGUUACAUUGGUUGAUAUUGAUGCAAUGUAAAAGAGAUGUGAGCUGAUGGUGUUGUGUUGUGUCGCUGGCGUUAUGGUUAUUAUUAGUAUUAUUUUAUUAUAACAGAACAGAGGUUUUUUCUUUUCUUUUUUUCUUCUUUGUUUUAGUUUGAUAACUGACUGAUAAGUGUUGUGGUGGUCUACUACUUGGUUUUUCUUUUCUUCUUCUUCGGCUUCUGCUGCUAUACUAUUAUUACUACUACUUUAAGCCUGCUUUACUCUGUGGCUUGUUUACACGGCACAACAACCACAAAACACCACACAUUACGGAAUAAUAUUAUAUCGUAUCAUAGCUUUUAGUGUAGUGUAAAAUAUACUACAUAGUUUACGAAACAUUUACUAAAGGAGGAAACAUAUAUAUACAUAUAUAUAUAUGUGUGUGCAAGAUACACCAGCCACUUAAUACAAAAACCAGAUUUAUAUGGAUUUAUCUAUCACAGCAAGAGAUCUCUUGUAACUACUACUGAUAUAUAUAUAUAUAUAUAUAUAUAUAUAUAUAUAUAUAUAUACUCCAUUUUCAAAAGGCCUGGUUUCUAUGGAUUAAUACAAACACAAAAAGCACAUUUUAAAGAACGGGGUGUUUUUUUAUUAUAUAUAUGGAUUUAUCAUCUUAUCAACACAGUGAGACACCACCAAGAAACAGUUGACAUAUUAUUAUUAUUAUACUUGAGAUAUAAUAUUAAUAUAUAAUAUUAUAUAAUAUAUAUAUAUAUAUAUAUGUUUGUGUAUUGUGGAGAUCUUAUUGCUGACUUUACCUACCAUGUCACAACAAUUAUUUAAACAAUAUCAACACGACCACCACUAUUUAAAACGUGGUAUUAUGGAGAUUUAAGAAGUUAAGGUGGUCUCUCUUACAAAGAAGUUAUCAAUAAAAGGAAGCUGUUGCAAUAUAGUAAUCAUCCUUGCUGAACUCCGAGGAUAUAUACUUACUUACUCAAAGUAUAUACAGUUUUAAACAUAUGCACACUCAUUCACUCACACAUUUAUGUGUGUAUGUAUAUUUAUAUACAUAUAACUAAAGUGGAUAUAUAACAUGACAAGGUCUUUACUAUCUAUGAGUAUGGUUUGAGGAAGAUUUGGCUCCUAUUUCUAGCAGUCUCAUGAACGCUGCAGGUUUAUUCUGAAGUCAGGCUAAGUUGAUUUGGCGACCUUGCAUUCAUCCCUGCGGCUGCAGGCUUUUUCCUUUGCUCUCCUAAUUUUCCUUUUUUUUUUUUAAAAAAAAAAAAACAUUUCCUUGCGAUGAAAUAACUCCACGAGAAAGCAAAACUCGAAAAAUAUAAAGAGAAAGAACUGCAAAAAGAAUAUAUAUAUAUAUACAUGUAUAUGUAAAUAUAUCAUUAUAUAUAUUUAUAUAUGUCUAUACACAUGUAUAUAAAUAUGCAAAAUAUAAACUGUAAAAUGAACAAAAUAUUUCAAAAGUGCAUCAAUCCAAAUCUCAAAAUGAUAAAUAAAUAAGCUAACAACUAAAUUAAAAAAACAUUGAAAAUAAAAAUAGUUUGAAGAGAUAUAUAAACAGAGAAAAAAUAUAUACAUAUAUGAUAUAUAUAGUCAAAAUACUGACGUUUUCAUUGUUGUUUAUACAGAAAUAUUCAAAGGAAACGUUUUAAAAUAACACUAACAGCAGCAGCAACAACAGCAACUCAUUGAUCACUAAGCAACAGCUAGAAGCACAAGUAUAUUUCAUUGAAUUUGACCAAUUCGUCAAGAAGAGGACACACGCAAAAUCUACUUGCAUGACUCGAGGGUUACCGUCCAACACUGCGUUUUUGACACACACCAUGUCAGACCGAAACAGUGAAAGCGGAAGUGAGGAUAAAUAUGAGAAAUUAAAUGGCAAAGGAGAUGAUAUUUGCAGAGACUUCUUGCGCAAUGUUUGCAGGCGUGGCAAGCACUGCAGAUACAGGCAUCCUGAAGCUGGUGAAGCCAAAGAGUUGGGGAAGCAACAUGAAUAUACCUUCUGUCAUGAUUAUCAAAAUACCAGAUGUCGUCGUCUCAACUGCAAGUUUCUUCACUGCACUCGCGAAGAGGAGGAGUACUACAAGCAAACUGCACAGCUUCCAGUACGAUUGCAACAGGCUGCAGCUCUUGGUAUUGGUGUUGCACCCCAUGAACUUCCAUUACUGAAAGGUGAAAUCCCAAUUUGCAAAGACUUCUUGAAGGGCGAGUGCAAACGUGGAGCAAAAUGCAAGUUCCGGCACCUAUCUGUUGCAGAAUAUGAAUAUGAACUAAGAAAGUCAACCACUGAUCAUCGCCCCAAUCAUCAGACUCAAAACUCUUAUGACCCAGCAGAAGACGACUUUGAUCGUUUUGAUAACAGGUUUGAUUAUGGACACAGCGCACUGAAACGCAGACGUGCAGAUCUCGAUGGAUUCACUUCAUCAUUUGAAGCUCGCUACACAACAAUUCGUCCACUUAGCUACCAACUACUGGAUGAGGAGAACAAUAUGUUGAGACGCAAAGUGGAAGAGAUGAAAAAGCAGGUUGCAGAUUUGACUGCAGCUAAUGAAGUUCUGCUCGAGCAAAAUGCCCGCUACCGCGUUAGCAAAUCAAACCAUGUUCAAACAAUUAAUGUACCCGUGAGUCAAGCGCUAUCAGUUAGUCAGAGUCUUGCGGCGGCGGGGGUUGCAACUGGAGGAGUUGCACCGACGCCGAGCCAACAGCAAUUGAACCAUAUAAAUAACAGCCUGGCGCAGCAAAUAGCUAUGAACAAUGACUUAGUUUCCCAGCACGCUUUGCAGCAGCGCAUCGCGAGAGAACAGCUUGGCCCACCU